UUCACAGUCUUGCUUCAUACGUUCAAGAUAUCCACCACGAAAGGAAAUGAUGUUUAAGAAACUCAUCUAUUUCUGCCUGCUAGUAACGAUAGUUCGCACCGAAUUAACGGAAGAGAUCUCCAGCUCCAUAGAGAAAAUUCCCACAACAUCCAACAGCGUGGCCCAAAAUUUAGAAGAACUAAAAAAAGAUGGAGCAAACCCUAAGCAUAAUGGAAUUUCUCCUCGCUCCACGGACUCGCUUUUCGGACUUGGGAUCGGUGCCAAUAUCUUAGACGUGCAUGGAGGUGCAGGUAUAGGUCAUGGCCGUGGAGGAUAUGGUGAUAUGGGCCAAGGGUUUGUUGGCAAACCUGCGGGAGGCUAUUAUCCACAACAACCCCGGUAUCCACGAUUCCCAUGGGAUCCAAAACCGCCAAGGUACUAUGGAGCUAGGGGACCACGAAUGGUCUUCUACCCAGAUUACCCUCUGGAUUAUAUACGCCUGUAGCAUAUAUGCCUCAAGGAACGCUCACCAGCGACACCUCCAACGUGUUCCCUUCCCUCUUGCACAUACAUCGAUUUCAGUUGGAGAGCUCAUUGAAUAGAGAUCUCCCUAAUAAUUCUUUGUUUAGCACUUCUCAAAUAUAUCUUCACUAAUAAAGCAUUAAAAAUGCAUAACAA